UUGAAAAAUCUUGUUGUCAUGAUUUUAUAUUCCGUAUUGUUCAUUGUUGGCACUUAUCACAUAUGUUUAACAGAUAAUCCUCCAGCUCUUCUAGCAUUUUCUAUUGUUUUUAUAAUUUUAUCAGCAAUCUGUGUGAUAUUCUCAAUCUUACUGUUGAUUGCAUUGUCAAAGAAAAACACUAUCUUGUUAAUCCCUUGGCUGGUUUCUGUAUCGAUUGCUACUUUUCUGGAUAUUGGAUUGUCAUUUUUCAUCAUAAAAGAUGCCAUUUUCGAUCCGUUUCUAGCAAUAUUAUUUAUCAUAGAUUUGUUCAUUUGUGCUCUAAAUGUAAGUGUUUUAAAUAUACAGCUUCCUCUGUGUUUUAUCAUUGUACCAGGAAUUAACAUUACAGAUUAA